AUGUCUGGGAACAAGAGAAAACGAAGUUCGCGUUCCUCACCUCAACGCCAAAGCCUACGCUUUACUAGCCCUUCUCCGUCUGAGUUACCCCUACACGCUAGGCCCUUGCGAAUACAGGCCUACGAGGCUGAACUGAUAGGAAACAGACCAAACCUAGCACAACAGCUUGAAAGCCAAAGUGAAGGUGGCAAUAGAGGGGGUCUCAUCCAGUGGGGUGACAGCGGUAUUUGGGUCGAUAGGUUCGACGUUCGUUUGCUUCUAGAGCCAUCUGAGCGAAUUGUUGCCACCCCAGGAGAAUUGAGGGCCUCGCCACACACUUUGAAUGACCCCCUGGCGAAUGUGGGUUGGGAUGAUCUUCCAUCAGACUCGGAGGAUACAUUUUUCCUUACCCCUAAAGAAGUCAACGAGUACCGUCAUGACAAGCGGCGUAAGAUGCUGGAAAAGGGGAGGCAAGAUAGAUUACGCGCCCUGGCUGAGGAAGACGAAGCAAACGGUUGGGGAACAGAGCCUCCCGAAGCGUCGUGGGGCGGAAGCGAUGAAGAGCCUGACGACGUCCAAGCCAACUUGAUGCGUCGAACUGCAACCCAUAUCCGAGCAUCUCCGAAUCCAACGCAGCUUGAAAUGAGAAUCCUCGCUAACCAUGGAGCGGACCCACGUUUCGCGUUCUUGCGUGGGCGGUGGAAGAAGGUAUGGGCGCGGAUGCGACAAGGGCAAGAGUCGUCUAUGAAUGCAGAGCCCAAACAAUCCAUUAUGAACGGACUGUCCGCAUAUGCGAGUGACAGCGACAGCGGACAGAAGUCGGAAGAUGAAGAGGAACCUGCCCAACAUUCCGCCCACGCGAUACAGGACACCAGCUUAUCAUCUGAGGACGACAAGACGGAGAAACUGAAAGCAGAGCGGCGUGCUCGCGCCAAAGAUUGGGCGCGAAAGAGGAAGGAAGCACAGAUAGCUCAGGAGGAUCAGUCUCCAAAUGAAUAG